AUGGCGCUUGCAGUACCUAAGGUUCCGCAGCUCAGUUCACCACAGGACUGGAUACAAUGGUUCAGUAUGGUGAAAACAACUGCAAUAGAUCAAGAUGUGUGGUCCUACUGCGACCCCGAUCAAAGCAAUAAGCUACUUCAGCCAGGCGAUCCAAAUCAGCUGACAGCUACUCAAGAACGGCUGUAUACGCUUAAAAUCAACGAUUACGAGCGGAAGCGGAAAGGCCUAGCCAAAGUCAACGCGAUCAUUCAAGGUACAGGCCCUAAGCGGAUCUCUAUUGACAAGUGGCUUAACCGAUGGAUCGCCUUAGCACCUAGGCUGAGAGCAUUGAAUAUUCCAAAUCUAGGUGAGGCGCAAGCGUGCCGCGGCUUCAUCCUAGCUACCGAGACCAUCAAUCCAGCAUUCUACAACAGUGCUAUGAGCGAUCUCGGCCAAGCAGACAGGGAGACUGGUCAUGUGGAUCGGCUCAAGGCAAUGCUAGAGCUACUUAGGGAUAACCUCUAUGGACCUGAAGAUAAUGAUAGCUCAGCGGAUACCUUGUAA